AUGGCAUCACUAGGGAGCAGCAGUUCUUCAGGCACUGAAUAUAUUGUUCGAGUCCCUAAAAAUACAAGCAAGAAAUACAACAUAAUGGCUUUUAACGCAGGUGAUAAAGUCAACUGUUCAACGUGGACACAGGCUCGAAUGGAGAGAGACAUGAGUGCUCGGAAGAUAUAUGGUGAAGAAGAGACACCGGAGGGCGCAGCUGGUAGCGAGUUUGGCAAGAAACAGCGUGAGGAAGCUCGACGGAAGAAGUAUGGCAUUGUAACACGUGAGUUUAAAGUAGAGGACCAGCCUUGGAUUCUAAAAGUCAACGGCAAAGCAGGCAAAAGGUUCAAAGGCCUGAAGAAAGGAGGUGUCACAGAAAAUGCUUCCUACUACAUCUUCACUCAAUGCCCAGAUGGUGCUUUUGAAGCCUUCCCUGUUCAUGGCUGGUACAACUUCACCCCAGUGGCGAAACACAGAACUCUCACUGCGGAGGAGGCUGAGGAGGAGUGGGGCAGGAGAAACAAGGUAGUGAAUCACUUCAGCAUCAUGCUUCAGAGACGCCUGCGUGAGCAAACAGCGGGUGAUGAGGAAGAGGAUGAGAGUGAGAAAUCAACAAAGAAGAAAAAGAGUGGCGGUCGAGGGAGCGACCUGCGCAUCCAUGAUCUGGAAGAUGACUUUGAAAUGAGCAGUGAAGAUAGUGACAACAGUGGUGAAGAAGGCAAGACAAAAGCAAAGAAUGAAACUGGUAAAGGAAAAUCAAAGAAGAAGAAGAACAAUGACAAGGAUGCUUUGGAAGACAGUGAUGAUGGUGACUACGAGGGUCUUGAGGUGGAUUACAUGUCAGAUGAAAGCAGCAGUUCAGAUGAAGAACCUGAAAAAGGAAAGCCAAGCAAAGGAGAAGACCUUCCCAAAGGGAUCGAUGAGGCCUCAGAAAGCGAGGAAGAGAGCGAAGAGGAGAAACAGAAUGAGGAGGAAGCAAAGGAGGAGGAAGAGGAGGAGGAAGCAAAGAAAACAUUGGCACAGACUGAAAAGAAGAAGAAAAAAGACAGUAGCGGUGAAUCAGACAGCUCAGACGACAGUGAUAUUGAAGGAGAAACGGCCUCUGCUCUGUUUAUGGCGAAGAAGCGUACUCCCCCAAAACGUGCAGGUGGACGCGGCUCUGCUGGAAGUUCCAGAACUGGCAGCCGGCCAGGGACGCCUUCCAUUGACUCUGCCGCCACAUCCAACACACUACGUGCUGCUGCUAGCAAGCUAGAACAAGGUAAAAGACAGACACAAGGUCCAGGAACAGACUCCCCUGCUGCCAAAAGGCUCAAAAUGGACCCCAGCAGUCAGAGCCCUGCUCCCUCUGGAAAGACUACACCUCAACCCCCAUCAGGAAAAUCUACUCCCAGUUCCAGUGAUGUGCAACUAACAGAAGAAGCGGUCCGUCGCUACCUCAUCCGGAAACCGAUGACCACCAAAGAUCUGCUGAAAAAAUUCCAGACCAAGCGCACAGGCUUGAGCAGCGAGAAGACUGUCAACGUCCUAGCUCAGAUUCUGAAACGCCUCAAUCCAGAACGCAAAAACGUUAACGACAAAAUGCAUUUUUAUCUUACGGAAUGA